AAACAUGGUUGCUUACGCUUUGAGUAGUAAAACCUUGUCAGUACCGAUGAAAUUGUUCACCAAAAAUCGGCUACGGCUAUGUGAUCAACUUGCCGGAAAAGUAUCACGAAAAGCUUUCAUACUACUGCAAGCUGGAAACGAUACAUACCGCGGCUUUACUUCUGACGCGGAGAAUGCGUUUCGUCAAGAAUCAAAUUUUCAUUGGUGCUUUGGGGCUAUCGAGCCUGACUUUUAUGGUGCUAUUCAUGUCAAGACAUGUAAAUCUAUUCUUUUUGUUCCCAAACAUCCACCUGAUUAUGAAAUUUGGUGUGGUGUAAUACACAAUUUGGAACAUUUCAAAAAUAAGUAUGAGGUUGAUGAGGUUCAUUAUGUGUGCGACAUGUUGAGCGUAUUGAAAGCGAGUGCUGAUGAAUUGCUGCUCUUGAAGGGAUUAAAUACCGACAGUAAUCGAAUCACUGAGCCUGCAUAUUUCAAGGGAAUCGAUUCAUUCAAGCAAAAUCUGGAUCUUCUGUACCCUGCGCUGAGUGAGCUACGUGUUUUUAAAACCCCAGAAGAAAUUGAAGUGAUCAAAUAUGCGAACAAGAUCAGUAGUCAAGCACACAAGGCUGUCAUGCAAAGCAUGAGACCGGGCCUGUUCGAGUAUCAGCUCGAAAGCCUCUUUCAACAUCAUACUUAUUCUAAAGGUGGUGCACGGCAUGUGUGCUACACAUGUAUUGCCGCGUCUGGGAGCAACGCUUCCAUUUUGCACUAUGGACAUGCAGGCGAACCAAACAGCAAGCUGAUAAAGGACGGAGAUAUGUGUAUGUUUGACAUGGGCGCUGAGUACUACUGCUACUGUUCCGAUAUCAGUUGCUCCUUCCCUGCCAAUGGAAAGUUCACGCCUGACCAGGCCGCCAUCUACAAUGCAGUGCUCAAGGCCAACAGAGCUGUGAUGGAUGCUGCCAAACCAGGGGUCAUGUGGACUGAGAUGCAUGUAUUAGCCGAAAGAGUACUUCUGACAGAUCUCAAAGCCAUGAAUUUGGUGACUGGUGAUGUCGAUGAAAUGUUGUCUGCCAGAGUAGGAGCAGUUUUCAUGCCCCAUGGACUUGGGCAUUUUUUGGGAGUGGAUGUCCAUGAUGUACAUGGGUAUCCGGAGGACGGUCCAAAAAGACCUUCAGAAGCAGGACUUUCCAGUCUGCGUACUGCGCGUGAACUGAAAGCGGGCAUGGUGCUAACAGUGGAGCCAGGAUGCUACUUCAUCUCUAAACUCCUCAACGACGCCUUCCUUGAUGACAACAGAGCCAAGUUCCUCAACAGGGACAAAUUAAGAGACUUCUUCGGAUUCGGAGGAGUGAGAAUAGAGGAUAAUGUGGUGAUUACUGAAACAGGGUGUGAGUUGCUAACUGAAGUUCCGAGGACUGUAGAAGAGAUCGAAGCAGAAAUGAAGAAGACGAAUCUGAAAGUGGAGUUUUGACCAGCUCAAUACUUCAACUUCGUUUAAACAAUAUUAUGAUUUUCAAGCCAGAAACGUAUGACCAAAAAUUGUAUGAAAUUUGGCGGAGAAUUCCAAAACGGCAGAAGACUGUCGCGUGGCAUCUCAUGUUUAUGCUCACUUCCAAUUUCGUGGUGCCAUUCGAUUAAAUUAAGCAUUAGACUUUUACUCCAAAAUUAAAAUCUAAUUGCCUUCUAUUUUACUACGAAAAGUCAUCUUGGUUUUAUAUCCUUCUUAACAUAUCUAUCAAAUCAUGUUACUCAGCGCUGCAUUUUUUAGUCAACUUGUUAAAAACCUUCAAAAUGACAUAAGAAUGCUUGAUUGUAUUUUGGGCUCAUACCAAAAAUUGAGGUGUAAUACUUCUCAUUUUUUAUUCAUUUGGGUUCCAAAAAAUGUUUCUAAUUUAAGCUGUAAAUAAUUAAUUGCUGUAAUUGUGCCAUUAGUCUAUUCUGCGACUGCAUUUGGCCAUUUUUCAAUUAUUAUUGGCCUUAAAGUCGUCAUUAUGUCGACAUGUGGCGCAUUGAAAAACUAUCUAAAUAUAUCAUCAAUACCACAAAUUGCACAAUUUGAGACGGAGAUUUGUUUUAUCGCAUUUGGUGGUUUAUCAAUUAAAAAAUAGACUGAUUAGAAAUAAAUAUUUAAAACCGAGUCUUGUGAUUAAGAGAUUAGAUAAGCAUUUUAUAUCCAGAUUCCCAUAUUGAGUACCAGAUAGCAAUAAAAAGUAGCAUUGUCGUUCAUAAAAUCAAAGAGCUAUCAAUAAUAAUUUUCUACAGAACUAAAGUGUU